UUUGUAAUAAUGUUUUUCAUCGUCCACUGAUAAAUCAUUUCGCCUUGCUUUAAUUAUUCCGAAAAGUAGGCAGAGAAAAGAAUCGCUUACGGUAAUAAUCUACUCAACCUCAAUAAUGUCGGCGUCUUUCUUCGUCGACCAUUUGAUGAUGCUCAAGCUUCUUCUCCAUAUCUAAGGGAAGCCUUCGUCGAAUUGAGUGUUCUAGUGAUCAUCUGAAAGAUGGAGAAAGUGAGUGUAUCACCUCAACGAUCCAACAGCGUUGAUAGCUUAAGGGUUGAAUCCCCGAAGAGAAAAGGUUUCGGGUUGAAGAAAUGGAGAAGGAUCAAGAGAGAUACUCCUGUGAAAGACGAGUCCGCUGCACCUGUUGAUGAUGGUAGUAAGUUGCUGAAGCGUAAUUUGACUGGCUUGGUGAACCCUCCUUCUAAACAUGUAGACUUGUCUUCGGUUGAAGCAAGACAGAGUAGCGAAGGCUCUGUUGGAUCUGUAAACAUGAUGACUCAUCAUCUUCCAAGUGUAGUCAACGGGUUUAGUCCCAUUCCAGGUUUGUUUACUGUAGGCCAAGGUUUUGACAAGAGCGAAGAGCUUAGUGGUAGUUCAACAGCUGCGAAGAAUGUAGUAGGAGGACGAGGGAAGAUUGUUUCAGGUCGCCAAGGGAGUGAUACCAUCAAGAAUGGAAGUGAUUUUGUGUUUUCGAGUGGCGCAGUUUCUGUUGGAGAGAAAGAUGAGAGACUGAUGAUGAAUCAUAUAACAACAGAAGGUCAAGAAGCUAGGGAGCAAGUCGAAACAUAUAGCAGAAGCGAGAACGGAGGAGAAGGUGAAGAUGGAGAUGAGAGUCAUAAGAAGAAGAACAACCAUUGUUGGGCAGACAAGGAUCACGUUGCGGAUUCUAUCAGAAGUCUUGCAGCUCUGCAAGAAGCUCUUUGGAAAGAGGUUACAAGUUUCCAGGAGCUGAGUAAGGAAUCUAUACCACCACUACAUUCGAACAAUGAUGAAGUCGAUCCAGGAUCACAGGUACUUAUCUUGAAGCAAAAGGUGAAAAAUCUCCAACACAAACUCGAGGAAGCGAGAGCUGAUCUCGACACAAAGGAAGCCAGGAUUCAAGAACUCGAAAACGCGAAGAUUGAAUGUGAACUUGAAGGCGUUUUCCAGAGAAAGAUCGAAGCUGAAAUCCAGCAUUUGUUGCUCACAAGUUCUCUGAGUGCAUCACUACAAGUAAUCAAAGAACAACCAAAGAAGGUACAUUCUGUAACUGAAGAUCCUGAACCGAACCGUGGAGCCAUGUUAGGUAAAACAUGCAAGUCCAGUUUCUAUUUCUUGAUACAGUUGAUCUUGCUAGUCUCCAUACUUCGGUUACUGCUCCUCCAAUCCUCUCCUGCUUCACGAUUAGUUAUACCAACCUGAUAACAGUUCAUGUUGGUGUUCAUGUUGUGUUACCAUACAUUUUUGUUUUUUUUUCUUCAGAUUUUCAUUUAUUGUUGUAAUAACUAGUUGAGUUUGCUUGGGCAUAAUAUACAACGAUGAAUAAUAAUUUAUA